UGUAGUCCGACCCGAGUUUUACUCCUUCAUGUUGCCAAAUAAAUAUCUAAUUAAUUAAUGCUCUAACUUGUGCAGGCGGACCUACCUAAGAGGCACAAAGCCUACUUGGGAAGACGAGCAUCAUGAAGAUACACAUAUGGCUACAGAAUACUUCGUAUUGCGCUCAGCAAACCAUGCAGGAUGAUUUACUGAUGGACAAAAACAAAGCCCAACCUCAUCAGCAGCUAGAUCCAGCAGUAGACCCUCCCUCCACCCCGACCCCUUCGGAUCCCCCUACAUUAGAUGAGAGCCCGUCGAGUGUGAGCAACCAAGCAGCUUCAGCUCUCAACAAAGAGAAAGUGCCGAUGGAGUCUCCGAUCCUGCCAGGCUUGAGUUUUCAUCAGCCGCAGGAAACCGGUGGCACCCUGUCCCCCUCAUUUGGUAGCACUUGGUCUACUGGAACUACGAACACCGUGGACGACAAUUUUAAUCAAGGAAUACCCUCGGUGAAGGAAACAAUGCUUUUCCAGAGCUUCCCCCACCACAUAAAUCCGGUACUUGGAGGCAAUUUCUCACCUCAGCUUGGCUUGGCACAGUCUCAGCAUCCACAGCAGCAAGCCCAGCACCAGCCAGCGCAGCAACAGAGAUCCCCUGUUAGCCCCAACCACGGUCCUUUUCCACAGAGAAACGCUUACAGUCACCAGUCUGUCAUGAAUAGCAAGGCUUCUUCACCUGCCUCAUCUUUGGGUUGGAAUAAUCACCAAAAUGCCACUUGGAGCACAGCCUCCAAUCCAUGGAGCGGUCUCCAGGCAGGCAGGGACCCGCGAAGAGCUGUGGGAGUUGGGGUUGGUGUGGGGGUCGGUGUAGGGGUGCCUUCUUCCAUGAACCCCAUCUCCCCGAUGAAAAGGCCCUAUUCUAGCAACGUUAUAGCACCCCCAAAAUUCCCGAGAGCUGGUCUCCUCACCCAGAAAUCUUGGAUGGAGGACAACGCCUUAAGAAUGGACAACAGCAACAAUAUGCUGCCUUUUCAGGACCGGAAUCGGCCCUUUGAUGCAUUUAGCUUGCACUCUUUGGAGAAUUCCUUAAUGGAUAUGAUAAGGACUGAUCACGACAAAGGACGCAUGGGUCUGAACUUCCACCACCCCGGAGCAGAGCACAUUACGCCAUUAAACACCAGGAGCUAUGGCCGCAGAAGAGGUCGCUCUUCGCUCUUUCCCUUUGAGGACGGUUUCCUGGACGACGGUCAUGGUGACCCCUCUCUUACCCCGGGGUUGAACUCGCCCACGCGCUGUCAGAACGAAGAGCGGAUGGAGCGCUACUCCAGGAAGGUGUUUGUUGGAGGCCUGCCCCCUGACAUAGAUGAAGAUGAGAUCACCAACAGUUUCCGUCGCUAUGGACACCUGGUUGUGGAUUGGCCCCACAAAGCUGAGAGCAAGUCCUACUUUCCGCCUAAAGGCUAUGCUUUCCUGCUGUUCCAAGAGGAGACCUCUGUCCAGGCCCUGAUUGAUGCCUGCAUUGAGGACGAUGGCAAGCUUUACCUGUGUGUCUCGAGUCCAACUAUCAAGGACAAGCCAGUCCAGAUCCGCCCCUGGAACCUAAGUGACAGUGACUUUGUGAUGGACGGCUCCCAGCCGCUGGACCCCCGAAAGACCAUCUUUGUGGGGGGCGUGCCCCGGCCUUUACGUGCAGUGGAACUAGCUAUGAUCAUGGACAGGCUGUAUGGCGGCGUGUGCUAUGCCGGCAUCGACACUGACCCGGAGCUCAAGUACCCCAAGGGGGCGGGCCGCGUGGCCUUCUCCAAUCAGCAGAGCUACAUCGCUGCCAUCAGCGCCCGAUUCGUUCAACUGCAGCACAAUGACAUUGACAAACGGGUUGAGGUGAAGCCCUACGUCCUGGACGACCAGAUGUGUGACGAGUGCCAGGGGGCGCGUUGCGGGGGGAAGUUUGCCCCCUUCUUCUGUGCCAACGUCACCUGCCUGCAGUACUACUGCGAGUACUGCUGGGCUAGUAUCCACUCCCGGGCGGGCCGAGAGUUCCACAAGCCACUGGUGAAGGAGGGGGGCGACCGCCCUCGACAAGUGUCCUUCCGCUGGAGCUGAGGGGGUCGAGAUGAGCCCUCGCGCCCCUCCCCCCCCUCCCCACCACCACGACAUCGGUGAAGAGAACUACAAAUACAUGGUUCAUUCUUUUUCAAACUACAACGCUUGACUACAAACUCAUUGUCCAGUGUACCCUUAUGAUAAUAGGGGGAAAAAAAUGUAUUGCGUAAGUCUAUCUGCUUAGAAUUUGCACUGUGGCACAAAUACUCACUAAACACACAUGGGAUGGUAUGUUAGAGAAACCUGAUUUAUGUUUGAGUCCCCUGUUCCAUGACCGGGUGGGUCAGUGUCAUGUAUAUUUAAAAGGUAUAUAUUUUUUUGUUUUAUAUAUAUAUAUAUAUCUAUCUAUACAUAUAUAUAGAUAAUUACAUUCUAUGUGAAAGGAACAUGCACUUAUUAAUUUUUAGGAUAUUGCCCCUUGUAAAAAAUAUUACCAAAGGCAAAAAUAUAAUUAAUGCAAUACAGAAAAACUGACUUAAGAUGAAGAUGUAGCAAGACUAAACAGUUAUCCAGUAGUCUGGGCCACAGUAGCCCAGAUAAAAAUAACAUGGCUAUAUUUUCUCUCUAUUUUGACUUUGAAAAUAGUAAAAUUAAUACCUCAAGGCGAAAUCAGAUUUUGUUUUGCUUGUCAUUAGUAGGUCUUUGUUUUAACAUUUAUUUUCUAGCAUUAUGUUAAUGUAAUGCCGCAAUAGCUUUUGCUGCUAAAUUCAUGGUAUUAACAGAUACCGUAGUAAUUUAUUCAGGCUAGGGUGUUCUAGCAAUUAUGAUGGCACCUGGUGAUAAGGAUGAUGACAGGCUAUCAUUGUAGGUAGACUUGCGGUUGGGCCAGUAACCGAAAGGUCGCUGUUUUGAAUCCCAGAGCCGACUGUGAUAAAUCUGUUGAUGUGCCCUAGAGCAAGGCACUUAAACCCUAAUUGCUCCUGUAAGUAGCUAAAUGACUCAUAUGUAUUUUUUUUAUUUUUUAUAACGAUGAGAGGGGGUUGUCCAUUACUAAAUGAUGCCUAGUAUGAUGUGGGGUAAAGGGGUGGGGGGGGGGGGGGGGGGGGGUUGCCCCUUAAUGCAUGUAUACAGUAUUUCAAUCAAGUUGCUGCAUGCAAUAUAAUUUCAGUAUCAUGCCUACUAUUCAAUUCUGCCCAUGUUUGCACAACAUGCUAUAGAUGUACGUACAACUAGCAAGAAACUGGACACAAUAGGGAAGACAGACUGGUCAAAAAUCCUACACCUCCAGUGCGAUAUAUGUUAAUAGCCACAGGGCCGCAGUAUGAACACUGCUUCUGCACAAGGUGGCUAACCUGACCAGAUGACAAAAACGAGAUGUAGGAUAUAUCAUUUAAGCUGUCUAUGAUAGGUGUAGUACUUUUUUUUGCAGUGAUUUGUUAAUAUAAUUGUGGAGUUUUUUUAUACCAUAUGUAGUAAGGUCUGAGUAUGCCUAUAGAACUGUGAUAUGCUUUAAUUGUUGUUGAUGUCUGACAAAAGUCAUGUGGAACUUCAUGAGCUAGUUUAUGCACACGUAUUUCCGUUCUCUCGUACACACAUUCACACACACCAGACCAGGGUUCAAAUACAUGUGUAUUUUAGUAUUCUUUUUUUAUACUUAUUUUCUGUGUAUUUGAGUAUUUUCUAAUAAUGUGGCCUGAAUCAAGUAUUUGAAAGUAUUUUCAAAUAAUUUCCUAUAAAAUACAAUUAACUGCAUGGGUGUGUAUUUGAGUCAGUGUAUUUGAGUAUUUUCAAAUACUUUCCAAGUGGAUUUCCAUACAUUCCAAUAUUCAACUGCUUGUAUUUUCAAAUCAAAAAUAUGUUUUGAAAGUAAUUAAAAUAACCAAAAUAGUAUUUGAACCCAGGUCUGACACACACUCACUUUACACAGGUUCUCGUUCUCUUACACACAAACACACACCUAUGCACUCAAAGUCUGACCCAAACACACAGAACAUAUGACACAGACUUAAGUGGGCUCGACUCGUUGACAAAGCGUAGGAUCAUGUCCCCAAAAAAACCAAAGAGGCAACAUAUGUUCAACUUAAACCACCAACACAUACGGAGACCACAGAUGAUACUGCGCGAAGCAUUAAGCCCGACGUCUGUGGGCUUCAAGGUGCAAAGUUUAACAUUUGUACUGUUGUGGUGACGAGGCAUUAAAGCCCGUGACGAGAAGACCGACCGAACAUUGAAGCUACUGGAGAUUUGUGGUUUAGUUAACUGAGCUUCUCAGCCCCCACGUAAUGUUGUCUCGACAUGGCUACGGGGUGUGUUGGGGGGGGGGUGUUGUAAUAUUGCCAGAACAUUGUGUGCUAUCUGGGUUUACCGUAUUUAUCCAGAUUUUCCUGCAAAGCUUGAAGUAGACCUGCUAAAAUGGUGGACAUUUUUAUUUUAUUUUUUAUCGGAAAAAACUACAACAAAAAAAAGAGACUAACCAUGAGUAAUAAUACGUAUCCCUAUGAAAGUGAAUUCUGGGUGUUUUUGUGAUAUUUCUUUCCCCAGAAGGGUUUCUAUGUUUGUUCUUUCUCUAUAAUAGACAUUUGUUAUGCACUACUCUUUCUAUCUGGACAGUUUUCAAGUCAGCUAUUUUUUUGGGUUGAGAGAAAAACAAAAGCGUGCUUUCUGACUGACACAAUCUUUUUUGCAAUACCUCAAUUUUGAAAUAUAUUAGGGGAGAAAUUGAUAUUUUCUAAGUUUAUUCAAAUAAAAACAAGUAAAUACAUUUAUUCGAGAGAUGAUUUAACAAGUGGUUGAUUUGAUUUUUUUUCAUUAUUUUGCUUCAUUUUAAAUUGUGUGUUUUUUUUUUUUUUUAAACAACUGAAGGAGCUAGAGAAUUAUAACUUUGAUAUAAUGAUGUUGUUAGCUGAAGUGAAGAGUCUACCUUGUUACAGAGGCGGUUGGAGUGAGUUUCCCGCUGGUCUGAUACCCGUGAAAGCGCAGAGUCACUAAGACAAACAUAUGAGUGGUAGUCUUCCAAGGAAAACCAUUAGUCCACCAAAAAAAUUAUACGGGAUAAGUCUAUUUGGUGCUUAGAAAGAUAACUGAAAAUGCUUCCCUUUUUUGUAUAUUUAUAAUCAAUAAUUUACUAUGCUGACCAGAAUUGUGAAAGAGAUCUUCUGUUCAUGUUACUUUUUAAGAACACUUUUUUACGUUUCCUAAAAGUAUGUGCUCCCUUUUGUUUUGUAAAAGCAACAUACCUUGAUUUGUUAGCCUGACAUGGUUUAAAAAGAGACUGAGCAGAUGGAGGUGGAAAGAAAAAUCUUUUUUUUUUUUUUUUUACAAUUAAGAGAUACAAGUGUAACUCGAUUUAAACUGUAACUUGAUCGAAAGUCCCCAAGGUGCAUCAAUUGAGUGGUGGCCUUCUAUUCACGCAAGACUUGAAUUAGUCAAAAAAUGAAGGCUAAGAACCUGUUCUUUGUUGUAAUGUGCAAUACUGUUUGUACUGUUUGUAAAAAAGAAAAGAAGAAAAAAAAAGGCGGCAAAAAUCUUUAUUUUCAUUGUGAUUCACUAAAAUCAUUUUCUACUGUUUAUUUACUUACUCUACAUGCUAGUACCUUCCAGUAGUAAUGUAGCCUUUGUACUGAGAACAUUUUCAUUAUUUUUUGAGAUUUUUUGCUAAAAAAGAAAAGACUUUAAACAUAUUUAAAUAUUUUCAUUUUUUUAUUUGUUUUCUUUACAUAUUUCUCAACCAUUAAGUUAUUUCUGGGGGAGACUUUCAUAUCUGGUCAAUGUCAUUCAUAUUAUUUAGCAUUUUUACAUGAAAUAAAUUAAUCUUAUGAUGCUAAUUCUUUAAAAAUAUAUAUAUUUUUGUUUUCUUUGACUAUUUUAUUUUUGGAAGUUGAAAAACCUUUGUAAUAUUGUUUCUUAAGUGUCUAGAUUUUGGAAAUGCAAAGCCUAUGUUAAUUCGCUGAUGUUGCUUACAUUUAGUGUGACGAUAAUAGAAGAAAAAAUACAAAAAAAGAACACAGUGAUGGUUGACAUUACGUGAUUGGUAAUGUGAAACAAACUAAUAGGCAAUAAAAUAAAAAGGUAGAAUGGAGCAGAAUGUUCUGAUAUUGUGGAAGCUGGACAAUGAUACUUACCUCCUACUGCUUCUGCUGCUACCACUAUAACCCCACCUUGUAUCGUCAAUGAUGUUACUUUCAAUGAUGUUGUAUGGCCGCGUCGCACCACUUCCACUGAUGUGAGACAUCACAUUAACUCCUUUUUAAAACGUAAGUCAUGUCACGUGAGCCCCCCUUUAGUUUCAGACGGUGGGUUAACCCCUGUCGGAGCCUGAAAACUGGCGAUGUGGACUAUUGAGAUUUUGUAUUUAAGUAUGAAUGUAAAUGUGGAGUGGAGGGUGUGACUUGUUGGAAACUAUUCAUCUUAAUGAGAGGAGUCAUACAUCUAAAUCUUUGGCAUGUUUUUUUUUCUCUCCCCAAACCAGCUAGAUUGCUGAAGUGGAUGAACUGACCUUAGAUUUUAAAUAAAUUUGACCCAAGAAACCCUAUAACAUCCUCUUUGAUAUUAUGCGGUGUGUUAGGAGAUGACAGUGACUUGAUUUUUGCCUUCAUUUACGUUGACUAGUAGUCCAUAUGAAGUGUUGUGACAUCACUUCCUGUACUACAGUAUGAUCAUCAAUACGUUUUUAAAAAACGCAAAUGCUGGUUCAAGAAUGUUACUUCUAGCUUGCCUUUUCUACCAGUUUGUACAGGUGGUGUUCUACUGAUAUCCUUCAUCUCUUCUACUAACCCAAUGGUUGCUCUCUCCCAAGGGUCAGUAUUACACUCAUACCACCAAGAAUUUGUCUAGUAUUUAUCCUUUUUCAUACCCUGACAAUAAUAAGCAAUUGUAUGUGCAACUGAAAGGCUAAGACUUGGUAGGAAGAAAAUCAUGUGUUUUGGUGGAGGCAUUUGUUAUAUAAUCCUCUUUAAUUAUACCUAUAUAUUUCAUGUAACACUAGAUUUGGAUAGUAUGUACUUACGCUUCAUGGACGUUCUCUCUGGGUCGUCAUUAGGCCUCUUCAUUAUGUUGUGAUCUCAAAAAAAGAAAAUGAUUCAAAACCUGCUCAAUAGUUGUUGUUUUUCUCAGACAAAAUCACUGUUCGUUUAUUUUUCAAAGUUACACUUUGUAUUUGUGGUUUGAUUACGGGUUCCAUCUUGACGAGGCUUUGAGAUUGUUGACUUGGAGAUAUAUACACUACAAAUUGACGAGCAUAACUGGUUUAAAAACAUGGGAGCUCUAUGCUGCUAAUGCUUACUACUACUGCUUCAAGUGUGUACUUCCCACCUUACUUUUCCCUUUUCUGUACUAAUAACUAAAUCUUAUUAAACGUAGUUGUAUGGUGCUGUGAAACAUUGUCGUCUUUUGCAUGGCCUCCUUUUCCACCUUCCUCUCAUCCCUUGCAUUUGUGCUUGACUGUGUGUGACUGGAAUGGAACGAUGUGAAGUGAGAAAAGCAACGUAUCAAGAGAACUAUACUGAACAAAAAUAAACGCAACAUGCAACAA